AGCACAACGGCGGUUUAGUCCUUUUCAAAAUCCCAGAAAAAAAAAUUCCGAGGAAGAGACAUGACUCCCAUCAGAAUAUAGAAACUGCUUUAAUUAGUUUCAGUGUUCUGCUUUGCUCUGAAAAAGGUAUCUUGUUUGGCAGCUUUUGAAAAGAGGCCAGUUAAUCUGGGACCUUUUUGAGCAAUUGUCCUGAAAAAAUAUCAAAUGUUCCACAUCUUUAGCCUCUGGUGAGGAUGUGGUGCUGCAGUGGGAGGUGUUUUCUUGUACCGUGGUUUCUGCUUCUCUAAAUGUCACUUACUUACAGGGUCAAAUGCUAUUGUGUGCUUGGAUCGCAGUGUGGAGGCAGCGACUCCCAAGAGAAACUAGGCACGUGCCAAAUUGUUUCUCAGAUGUUUACAGAUGUUAAACUGUUACAUCUGGUUCAGAAUGGAUCCCGACACUUAAAGAAAUAGCCCACUGGACAGUUGUGAGUGAUUCUCAGCUCAUGGAAAAGGACGUUGUAAACACCAUAGCUGAGACAGAGGAAACGAAAACCAAGCGUAAGCAGUGCUUUAGUACCACUUCCUGUAUUCUGAGAAUUAAAAGCAUUAAAAGUCUGACCCGCUGCGCUUCAUUGUCCUUCGCCUGUCUGUCGUGGAGAAGCCAAAUUCACCAAAAUGUUUUGUUCGGAGGUGUAUGCAGAAUCAAAGCCUGAGCUGUUCUCAGGGACCAGAACCCACAGCUCGGACCGGACCAUGGACCUUGGUCUAGCUGAGGACCACUUCUCAAGGCCUAUGGGUUCAAUUGUGGCUUCCGACAUUGAACAGCUGAAAAUGGCCAUAGAGGAGUGUAAAAAGCUGAUUUUGGAGCUGCCGGAACACUCGGAGAGGCAAAAGGACACUGUGGUGAAACUUAUCCAUCUUCGUCUCAAAUUACAGGAACUUAAGGACCCCGAGGAGGAUGAGCCUAAUCUGAGAAUCUUACUGGAGCAUCGUUUUUCCAAGGAAAAGAGCAAGAGCGUGAAACAGACCUGUGACAAGUGUAGCACCAUCAUCUGGGGCCUGAUCCAGACUUGGUAUACCUGCACAGGUUGCUAUUAUCGUUGCCAUAGUAAGUGUAUGAACUUGAUCACCAAGCCCUGUGUCAGGUCGAAGGUCAGCCACCAGUCAGAGUACCAGCUCAGCAUCUGUCCUGAGAUUGGACUCGACCGACAAGAUUACAGAUGUGCAGAAUGUCGCACUCCUAUUUCACUACGGGGCGUGCCCACUGAAGCCAGACAGUGUGACUACACAGGCCAAUAUUACUGCAGCACAUGCCACUGGAACGACACCGCCAUGGUCCCAGCGCGCGUCAUCCACAACUGGGAGUUUGAAUCACGCAAGGUUUGCCGCUCGUCGAUGCGCUACCUGGCCCUGAUGAUCUCACGGCCUGUGCUGAAGCUCAAAGAAAUCAACCCGCUGCUAUUCAACUUUGUGGAGGAACUGGUCGAGAUCAGGAAACUCCGACAGGAUAUUCUGUUGAUGAAACCCUAUUUUAUUACCUGCAAGGAGGCAAUGGAGGCUCGGCUACUACUACAACUUCAAGAUCGACAGCACUUUGUGGAGAACGACGACAUGUACUCCCUGCAGGAUUUGAUUGACAUCUCCAGCGGCAGACUCAGCUGUUCCCUCACAGAGAUCCACACAACGUUUGCAAAGCACAUCAAACUAGACUGUGAGCGUUGUCAGGCCAAAGGAUUUGUGUGUGAGCUGUGUAAGGAAGGAGACAUACUGUUUCCGUUUGACAGUCACACCUCGGUCUGCCACGACUGCUCUGCUGUCUUCCACAGAGAUUGUUACUAUGACAACUCCACAACUUGUCCGCGCUGUGCCAGGAUGACGGAUCGCAAGCAGGAUGAAGAACCAGCUUGAAAGAUUGAGAGGACCGACUGCAGCUUCUGGGAAGUAGAACUUUGCCUCACGUUGUGCUCUCGUUGAACGAGAAAGUCUUACAGGAGACUCCCUUUUAGUCGAUGUCCUUGGUUGGUUUUGUGCAUAUGUUUUAUACUGUAGUGUCUGUAACUUAAUGUGCGUCACAUAAUGAGGAAGGGAGCUGAGAAACCCAUCCGAACAUUAACAUAUUUAUAUGUAGAUAUUUCUUUUUAUCCAACUUUUUAAUUCCUACUGAAAUUGGGUGUAUUGAACACUGUGUAUUUGUGUUUGUGCGAGUGAUUCGCAUUAGUGUGUGCGUGCGCGCCUGCUUGUAUAAAUGUACAAAAUAAAUGCCCUAUAGAGAGAAGCCAUCUCCUCACAUGGUGAUCAUGCGUGUAGGAGUUGUUGUACAUAAACUAAAGCAAACCUCGACUGCAUUAACCUACACUGCCAAUUUUACCUGACUUUAAGGUAGCCAUAUGCAAUGUUUGGUUUUACAUCUUAAUGACCACGUUCCAAAGACAACAUUGUUUUCAGCUACCAGUUGUAUGUUUUUAUUUUGAAAAACUAAACAAUGAGAAAUCCAUAUAAUUUGUUAUACUUUUGAUGUUUACUCACGUUCCGUCAUCAGUGAUCUUCAUCUCACAAGUACUGCUCCUAAAGCAGAGCGCGGUCGCCCUCGGCUUAUGUAACAUGGCUAUUUUCAUGUCUCUUAUUCUGUUUUGACAUUUCAUAAGGUCUUAAGUCUCUACUUUGAGUUUGUUGUCAAUUCGUCAACCUUGAUAACGGAUAAAAGUUAUCUUGCUUGCAAUUCUUUUGCCAAAAGUUGUCUAUACAAUCAUUAAAACCAUUAUUUGAAAUAUAAAUACAUAGUAUUGUUAACAGAUAUACAAUUAAAGCAUGCAUCACCAGUACAUAUAUUAAUGAUUGUUUUACUGGGAGAAAAUAAGAUAAAUGUGCUUUCCCUGAAUUCCAAACUGUGAACUCAUUUGAGGUUGAUUGAAUUGUGUUUAAUCUGCUUCAGCUUAGUGUCGUUUGUUGCAAAUAGGUGUCAAUAACCAUGAACAUGCCUAAAAUAGUCAGUUAAUAUACAGCUGUUCUACAAAAACGUCUUACUACUCUUAACAUUAUGUCAAUGGUUUCAGUCUUAAUGUACCAAUAGCACAUGUUGUCCAGAAAUAACAUCUUAAGUGGCAAUAUGUAACAUGUAAAUAUUGAUCUGAAGUAUUUAUUUUAAAAUAAUGUGUUUUGGCUGCGUUAUCUAUCAGCAUGAUGCAAUGUAUUUUCAAACUAAGUUACAUUCAUCAUGUCGGUUAAAAGCUCUUCCCUGUUGUAAAAUGUGGAGUACGGCAUGAAUAAAGUCAUUAAAUAUGUUAA